ACCCCUUUUUCAAUCACACAUUUUACAAUAGAGACACGGAGAGAACUGAGGCAGAGAUAGAAGGGAAGAGAAAAUGCCGGAUUUCCCGAUAGAUUUGAUCGUCGACAUACUCUUGUGGCUUCCCGUGAAACCGCUUUUGCGUUUCAGGUGCGUUUCUAAACCGUUUUGUGCUCUCAUAGACAGUCGCAAUUUCAUCAAAUCACAUCUCAAGCGAUCUACCCGAACUAGAAACCAUCUCACCCUCGUACUCUGGGAUUAUGUUGAUUGUAUCCCAUCUUCGGUUAACUUCGAUUCGCUGGUUAACUUCGAUUCGCUGGAUAAUGCCGUAGAACUCGACCACCCUUUUGGGUCUAGUUUUUGGCCCACUGCAAUUGCGGGUUCUUGUGAUGGAUUGAUUGGUUUGCGUAACGAUGAAGAAUAUAGUCUUGCUAUUUGGAACCCAUCUACCCGAAGGUGCCAAAGGUUACCAUUUACGAAGAUUGAUUACCCUGGCUAUGAUAUCUAUUUCAAGCAUGAAAUGUACGGUUUGGGGUAUGACUCCGUUACUGAUGAUUAUAAGAUGGUGAGGUUUGUUCAGUUUUUUCAACGUGGUACAGACAAUUUUGUCUCCUCAGUUGAGGUCUACAGCAUGAAGUCUAAUUCAUGGCGAAAGAUUCGGGAUUUCCCUUAUUGUCUCUAUCACGAGCAAUGUUGUGCCGUGCUUGUUGGAAGUGCUUUACACUGGGUAGUGCGUCGAUUGCCUUCUGAUACUGCCAAAAUUGUUGCUGCUCUUGAUCUUACAACUGAGGACUAUCGAAUAGUGCCACAACCUGAAUUUUCUGACAAUGCCUUUGACAUGGAUGUAGCAGAGUUGGGAGGGUGUCUAUGCAUACUUUGUGAUUAUGUCCAAGUCCGAGUUGAUGUGUGGGUGAUGAAAGAUUGUGGAGUGAAGGAAUCGUGGAGCAAACUAUUUUCUGUAGCACAACCGGAAGUGAUUCAAUCAUUUGAUUCUUUGAUUCCUGUAGCUUAUUCAAAGAUUGGUUGUGAAGUCCUAUUGGUUCAAGACAAUACAAAGCUUGUUUGGUAUGAUCUCGAGCAUAAAACAAUUAAAAAGAUCAAGACUCAUGAUAUAACGGAUGGUUUUGAGUCAUUUGUCUGUGUCGAAAGCCUUGUUCCACUUAAUGGAUGAUGCGUUGUACUCAAUGAAGAGGGUGAAACUUAUGCCACGGAUUAGCACGAUAAAAGGAAGGAGAAGAAUACACCAAAUCAGAAGGGUAACCAGAGGUUUUUUUGUAUGAUCACUGCCGUGAUGGUUCGAUUAGAUAAGUGGGCAUGUCAACUGAGUACUGAGGAUCAGAAAUUCAAAGAAAAGAAAAGAAAGAAGACCAAUAUACUGGUAGUAUAUCAUAAGGGUAACCUGUAUGUAUGUGUGACGAAAAUACAGUGGGGAACUCUUGCAGUUAACGUAUCCCUUUUGUUUAGUGAUAAUUAUGGUUUGUGUAUACUUCGCUUAGUGUACUUUAUGCUAAAGUAAUCAAUAGCCAUCUUUUGGCAUGUAAUGGAUCCCUUCUUGUGUAAUGAAGUUCGUUGGGGCUUCAGUUUAAUGCUUUGCAUGGGAACUAGUAAUGUUGGAUCCUUCUUCAA